UUUCCCAUUUCAUUUACCAACAGUAUCAUUUCACUACGGGACGUGAACACAUAGACCCACACACAAUUCUCCUUCUCCACAAAAACGUAUUCCGUUGAAAAAAGAAUUCCAUUUAAAGUUCGAUUCUUAAAUGGAGAACAGCGCGUACGCCUGCGAGUGCGAGAACGAGUGCGAGUUACCAUCGACGUCGGGGGCAUCGAGCAAAAGCAGGACCGUAACGGGGCUAUCGGCCAUCCUGGGCUUCGCCAAGUCGGAGUACUCACUGGAGACCACACCGCAGGCCAUGAUGGCGGACGGGCGCCGUCUGGAGAACGAGAACGAUGGCAACGAUACCGAUGAGGAGGUGGAGAUCUGCUUCACCCGCUUGGGCCUAAUGCCCGAUCGCGGCAGGCGUCUGUACAUGGACUGCAAGCUGUCACUUCCGCCCGGCGGAAGUGUGCCGAUGAGCGGCGGAGCGGAAGCCAUUGCCGCUGCGCCGCACGAGAGUACCAGUUCGCCGGAAGUUCGCUACGAGCGCUUGAGGAAUACUGCAGUCGAGGUGCGAAAGUACUGGACACUGCAGAAUGUUGCCAUCGCUUGUCCGCUGAGCAACUGCGAUUUGGUUUUCAUUCCUGGCCAGCUGUUGAGUCACUGCCUGAUGCAGCACGAGGAGAUUAUCACGGUGGAAAUGAAGGCCAAGGAGGCCAAGUGCCUGAAGCUCUUAGGCAAAUCCCUGCCGGAGGACGGCGGCAAAAGCCACUGUGUGGGUCUGUUGAUCUACGAGAGCGGCAGCAGCACGACCAGGAACCUAAAUCUACCCCGGAUCUACACGGACUGGGAGACCCGCCUACCCGUCCUAAUGAUGCUGUGGAGGACUUCCUGGGACUCGAUGCCCAGCGCACCGCGGGUGACCCACCUCUAUAUACUCUGGCUGUACUGCCCCCAGGCCCAGUGGCCACUGAUGGUGACCGUGGAGACCGGAGAAAACACGCCGGGACUGCCACGUCGGCAGGUGAUUCAGACCUGUUGCAGCUCGGAGACCCUGGAGAAUUGCGACCUCCUUUCGGACAGUCCGCAUUUCAUGCGAUUCACCCACCGCGAAAUGAAGGAGUACACUGGGGACUACACGCAGGACAUCGACCUGCAGCUCACUAUUCGUGAGGAUGAGACUAGAGUGGUGCCGAGUUUCUUCAAUCUUCAAAGGGAGGACGCCAUCUACGGAGAUAAGGUGGAAACAGAACUUACGGAAAACGAGAAUAUCUCCAUCAAGGAGCUGUCUACUGAGAAAUCAGAAGACCCUCACACCAACUAAUCGCAAUUUAUCACCAACU